AGAGGGACACUGCUUACUGUUGGGAGCCAAAAAUCGUAGAUCGAACGAUAUGGAAAUUAUUCUGUAUUUAAUCUUGACUAUUGAGUAAUUGACUCGGUUGAUUUUUCACGAUGAAAUGUUGAUGGUUACUGAAUUUCAAUCAACGCAGAUCCAUUUCCUCAUCUUCUUCAAUUGAAUGAGAAAUCGAAGCCGGUGCUUAAGUUUCUGAUCCUGGUCAGAGUAAGGAAUUAGCUUUAAUGGCCUUCUCCUCCUUCACCGGCGGCAGUGGCGGCCGUCGUGGAGGUUGGGCUAGUUCUAUUCUUCCUUUUUCUUCUGUUUCACCCAGUGCUAAACCGAAGCACAACCGGAAGUAUCGCCGGCGGUUGGCUAUUCGUGACUUCAUCUUUUCUAAUUUCUUUACCAUCGGGCUUUUGAUAUCCUUCUUCUUCUUCUUCAUUGUUCUUCUCCGCUACGGCGUUCCAAAGCCGAUUUCGUCUCCCUUCAAAUCGCAUGCUAUCAGAUCUCAUAGACCGCGCAAGCCGAUCGUGUCCGAGAAUUGGAACAGUGAGGUCUUGAGUUCUAAUGUGGAUAUUACGACCAAGGAAUUGUAUGACAAGAUUGAGUUUCUCGACAUCGAUGGCGGUCCUUGGAAGCAAGGAUGGAGAGUGACCUACAAAGGAGAUGAGUGGGAUUCGGAGAAAUUGAAGGUUUUCGUGGUGCCUCACUCUCAUAACGAUCCAGGUUGGAAGCUGACUGUGGACGAGUACUACGAGAGGCAGUCUCGUCAUAUACUUGAUACCAUUGUUGAAGCGCUUUCACAGGACUCUCGGCGGAAGUUUAUAUGGGAAGAGAUGUCUUAUCUGGAGAAAUGGUGGAGGGAUGCUUCAGAAGAAAAAAAAGAAUCAUUUGCUACUUUAGUUAAAAAUGGGCAGCUAGAAAUCGUUGGAGGUGGCUGGGUGAUGAACGAUGAGGCCAAUUCUCAUUAUUUUGCUAUAAUUGAGCAGAUGGCAGAGGGGAAUAUGUGGUUGAAUGAGACCAUUGGCAUUGUUCCAAAAAACUCUUGGGCAAUAGAUCCAUUUGGUUAUUCACCCACAAUGGCAUAUCUUCUCCGUCGCAUGGGCUUUGAGAACAUGCUUAUACAAAGGACCCAUUAUGAACUGAAGAAGGAACUUGCACAGCACAAAAAUCUAGAAUUCAUUUGGAGACAGAGCUGGGAUGCUGAAGAAACUACCGACAUUUUUGUGCACAUGAUGCCGUUUUAUUCUUAUGAUAUUCCACAUACUUGUGGACCAGAGCCAGCAAUUUGUUGUCAGUUUGACUUUGCUCGAUCUCGUGGUUCUUUAUAUGAACUAUGUCCCUGGAGACAAGAUCCUGUUGAGAUCAACAAGGAAAAUGUUCAAGAGAGGGCAAUGACGUUACUUGAUCAGUAUAGAAAGAAAUCAGUACUGUAUAGGACAAAUACCCUUCUUAUUCCACUUGGAGAUGAUUUUCGAUAUAUUAGCAUUGAUGAAGCAGAGGCUCAGUUUAAGAACUAUCAGUUGUUAUUUGAUUAUAUUAAUUCCAAUCCAAGUUUAAAUGCUGAGACAAAGUUCGGCACCUUGGAAGACUACUUUCAAACUCUACGUGAUGAGGCUGAAAAGAUAAAUUAUUCACUUCCUGGUGAAGUUGGCUCUAGUCAAGUCAGUGGUUUUCCCUCUUUGUCCGGUGAUUUCUUCACUUAUGCUGAUAGACAGGAGGACUAUUGGAGUGGGUACUAUGUGUCUAGGCCUUUCUUUAAGGCUGUUGACCGUGUACUGGAGCGAACACUUCGGGCUGCAGAAAUGAUAUUAGCUUUAUUGCUUGGUCCUUGCCAGAGGCCUCAAUGUGAGAAGUUGCCUCUUGGGUUUUCUUACAAGUUGACUGCUGCAAGAAGAAACCUGGCUCUUUUUCAGCAUCAUGAUGGGGUCACUGGUACUGCAAAAGAUCAUGUAGUACGUGAUUAUGGGCUUCGGAUGCAUACUUCUUUACAAGACCUGCACAUUUUCAUGUCUAAAGGUAUUGAAGUACUACUUGGAAUUCGCCAUGAUAAAUCUGAUCAGAAUCCUUCACAGUUUGAACCAGAACAGACGAGAUCUAAAUACGAUGCCCAACCUGUACAUAAAGCUAUCGAUCUUCAAGAAGGAACUUAUCAAUCAGUGGUCUUUUUUAAUCCUAUAGAGCAGACAAGAGAAGAGGUUGCAAUGAUUAUUGUUAACUGGACAGAUGUUACAGUAUUGGACUCAAACUGGAUGUGUGUUCAAAGCCAAAUUUCUCCUGAAUUUCAGCACGAUAAAGCCAAGGUUUUUACUGGGAGGCAUCGUAUCCACUGGAAAAUUUCAGUUCCUGCCUUGGGGUUGCAAACAUAUUAUAUUGCAAAUGGAUUAUUUGAUUGUGAAAAGCCAAAACCUGCCAAACUAAAACUCUUCACAACGUCUACUUCAAUUCCUUGUCCUACUCCUUAUGUAUGCUCAAAGGCUGACGGUGACAUGGCUGAAAUCGAGAACGAGCAUCAGUCUCUCGUAUUUGAUGUCAAGCAUGGUUUGUUGCAGAAAAUAAUUAAUAAAAAUGGUUCAGAAAAUGUUGUGAAUGAAGAAAUUUCGUUGUACUCAAGCUGGGGUAGUGGGGCCUACCUAUUCAAACCCACUGGUGAUGCUAAAUCUAUCAUUGAAGCAGGUGGAUUGACCGUUAUCACCGAGGGUCCUCUGAUGCAGGAAGUUUUCUCUUAUCCAAAGACAGAAUGGGUAAAUUCCCCCAUCUCCCAUAGCACUCGUUUAUAUAGUGGGGCCAAUACAAUGCAGGAGCACCUCAUUGAGAUGGAAUAUCAUGUCGAGCUACUCGGCAGGGAAUUUGACGAUAGGGAACUGAUAGUCAGAUACAAGACCGAUAUUGACAACAAGCGGAUAUUUUAUUCUGAUUUAAACGGUCUCCAAAUGAGUCGAAGAGAGUCGUAUGAUAAAAUCCCCCUGCAGGGAAAUUAUUAUCCAAUGCCAUCUCUAGCAUUCAUGCAAGGAUCCAAUGGUCAAAGGUUCUCAGUCCAUUCUAAACAGUCUCUGGGUGUGGCAAGUCUCAAAGAUGGAUGGUUAGAGAUUAUGCUCGACCGUCGUUUGGUCAGGGAUGAUGGACGUGGCCUAGGGCAAGGAGUGACGGAUAAUCGUGCAAUGAAUGUCGCUUUCCAUAUCCUUCUUGAGUCGAAUGUUUCAACCAAACUAAAUCCUGUUUCCAAUUACUUUCCUUUAAGCCCUUCUCUUCUUUCCCACUGCAUUGGUGCUCGCUUGAACUAUCCCUUGCACACAUUUAUUGCUAAAAAACCACAGGCUUCAUCUGUGCAGCCAACCCUUAGAUCAUUCUCUCCUUUAGCAGCUCCUUUGCCAUGUGACUUGCAUGUUGUCAGCUUUAAAGUUCCACGUCCUCUGAAAUACUCUCAACAAUCGCCAGAAGAUCCACGAUUUCUUUUAAUAUUUCAUAGGAGACACUGGGAUUCAUCAUACUGCAAGACAGCCAGAUCAAAUUGUACUAGGGUCGCUGAUGAGCCUUUCAAUAUAUUCAACAUGUUUAAGGGGCUUGCAGUAUCGAAGGCUCAAGCAACUUCCUUAAAUCUGCUGCAUGAAGACUCAGAAAUGCUUGGAUAUAAUGAACAGUCGGGGGAUGUUGCUCAUGAAGGGCAGCUACAUAUCCCUCCCAUGGAAGUACGAGCUUACAAAUUGGAACUGAAACCACGUUAAUAAAUUUGCGUAAAUGCCAGUUUUUGGAGAUUUAACAAUGCUGAUAGACUCCAAAUGAGCAUCAAUGAAGAACCGAUUCCUGCGUCCGAGAUCAAUAGAUCUAGCAGAGUUAUAUCUAAUGCCAUGUAAAGAUGCCAGAAUGAGGGGUAUGCUAAAUAUUUCUGGAACUGGGCAAUGCCGACAAUUACGUCUUUUACCCUUUUGAAUUCUCAGGUCUCAUGCUCUGGAAGACUUGUUUUUGCUUUGCUUGGCUUGGCAUUGUUCCAAUGGAAGGUUGGUAAAUGUGGACUGAGGAUUCUUACAUUUUCGAAACAGCUCAUUUGGCUGAUGCUUAGAAAUAGACAGAAGAGAGACAUACUAGUUUGAAAGUAAUGAUCGGAAGGAACUACACGGUUUUGUGAAUUGUAAUUGUGUUCUUUAGAAUUUUGCUCUAUUAUCUGAAUUAUCUCACUGACUAUUCCGCAAUCUCAAUGGGAUUAAGUCGAUUCAACCGUUUAACUUUGA